GUAUGUGUAUAACUGCCCUGGGUAGCUUUUUUAUUUUUACCCUCAUGAGACACUUUGUUAUUAUUUUAAUUAUCAAAUUGUUUGUUUGGCAUGUCAGAAAGUCACCUGGAAACGGGGGACAUUAUAGAUUAUAAAAGUUGCACAGACAACCACAGUGGCUCAGCAGGUUACUGAGGAACUGUGGAAAGCCAACUACAGCACUUAUUUCUUUUAAGGUGGGGUAUAGCAGGAAGUAUACACACAUACAUACAGUACUGGGCAUAUGUCUUAGGCACUAUUUUUUUUUUUUUUAGUACAAACUUUGUUCUAGAUUUUGAUUUUAUGACUUCUACAUUAUAAAGUCAGUACAAAAACAUUUUGGAUUUCUAACAUUACUUUUCCUGCACAAAAUGGUACAGAAAAAUGUUUGUAUGUAAGUAAAGAAAAAAGCAUAUUAUGUAAGAGACCACUUUUCAGACAAAAAACAUAGUGAAGGCUGCUGGGUUUUGCUGCAAAAAUAAGAAGCAAGUGCGACAGUCAGAGUGUCCAGAAGAACUGUGGCUGGUUUGGUUUAACUUUAUUGCUAAAAGUGAAACUGAUUAAAUCUGAAAACGUUUUUAAGCUGUUUGUUUUGUACAGGCUUGUAGGAGGCGAUGGAAAACGGAUCAUACAGAAAUGAAAUUCUCAGGAUCGAAGGACUGCAAAUCACACAUUACUCCACUUAUCCAGUGUUUAUUCUUCUUUUCUUGGCCUAUCUGUUCAUUAUGGUAUCUAACCUUGGCAUUAUCAUGAUAAUAGCAAUGGAGAAAGCUCUUCACAAACCAAUGUACCUUCUUUUCUGUAACCUCCCUGUGAAUGAUGCACUCAAUGCUACUGUUGUACUGCCUGGUUUACUCAAAGACAUUCUGGCUGAAUCUGACAGGUAUAUCAGCUAUGCCGCUUGUGUAAUUCAAGCCUUUGGGGUUCACACAUUCAAUACGAGUGCACACAGUAUAUUAAUAGUCAUGGCUUUUGAUAGGUACGUGGCCAUAUGCAACCCGUUAAGAUACCACACCAUAAUGACUAACAAAAUGGUUGUAAGGCUAUCUGUAAUAGCAUGGGUAGCUGCUGCUGUCCCAAUUAUAAUUUUAUUGGCCCUAACUAUAAGGCUUUCUCAUUGUACUUCAACGAUAUUAAAUCCCUACUGUGACAAUCCUUCUCUGUUUAAACUUUCUUGUGAGAAUCUGUCUGUAAAUCAGAUCUUUGGGUUAUUUAUCUCUGUUGUGAUUUGGACUACCUCGGUAUCAUGUAUCAGUCUUACUUAUCUAAAGAUUGCAUAUGUUUGUCUAAAAAAUCAAAACAGCACACUGAAGAGCAAGGCUAUAAAAACAUGUAGCACCCAUCUGAUUGUGUAUCUCAUUCACUUUGGAUGUGCUUGUUCUAUAGUUAUUUUGCACCGUUUCUCGGCUUAUGAGGAACUUCGAAAACUGGCCAGUAUCUUAAUUUAUGUCAUUCCUACAAGCCUCAACCCUGUCAUAUAUGGCCUUCAAACCAAAGAAAUAAGACACUGGAUUGAGCAGAUCUUCCUGAGAAGGAAAGUGAUUCCAGGAUGAUUUCCUUAUAUAUAGAAAAUAUACAAUAUAUGUAUUGCU